UUGUCUGCCAACGUUCAGAAGAGUGCCGUCAUGGUAUGCAACGAGAACAAGGAGGAACCAGUAGAACAUAGAUGGAAGUGGGGGAUCGAGGAGAUUGCAGUAGUGGACCAGUACACAUACCUUGGAGUAGAGAUCGCAAAAGACUGCUCGUGGAAUGCACACAUGUCCAAGGUAGCGGAAAAGGGCAAAUCACGAGCAGGGAAGCUGCAUCCAAUACUCGCAAACCGGCACCUCGAUACACGCAUCAAAUUGACGGUUUUGAAGAGCGUAAUCGUACCGCCGCUAGAGUACGCCGGAGAAGUAUGGGAAGGAAAUAAGAAGGUAGUGAAAGAACUCGAGGCGGCGCAGAUGAAAGCAGCGAAAAUCAUCCUAGGAUGCUCCACGCGCACAAGUAAUGCAGCCGUGAGGGCAGAAUUGGGGAUCGAAUCCUUAUGGUCGGGAAGAGACGCGAGGAAGCUGACCUGGCAGUAUCGCAUGUGCGGGAUGGGAGAGGAGAGGUUGCCGAG